GAGCUUCGGGACCAAGUCAUUUCAUUCGCCUAUAUAUACAACCCAACACCCCACCCACCAAAUGUGUCUCACCUCACCGCAAUUAUCUUUCCUUUUCCCAUGUCUCUGCCUUGAUUAGAAGCAACCCGAAGGAAUUGAACUUUAUUAGCUGAUCAGAAGGGUUGACCCUGCUUAUUAUUAUUAUUUUUUUAAAUCUCUUUUCAUUUAACUAUUCUUCAACGCCAAGUUUAAUCACGAAUCUUUAAAUAAUUCAUGUAUCUUUUUUUUUUCGUGAAUAUGUUUGUAAUAUGUGCAUGCUUGUUUGAUCUCGCCUUUAAGAGUAAGGUAAGUUUUGGAUCCGAAUUGAUGGGAAGGUAAAUGAACUUCACGUUGUCAUGGGCUGUGUGUGCGCAAACGUGUGUGUAUGUGUGUGUACUCCUGGAAAAAAAAAACAAGAUAAAUAAACUGUUUUAUUAUCUAACACAAUCAUUUGGCAUAUGUUUUGGUAGAAUUUGUGAUCAGCAAUAUUCAUUCAUCAAAGCAAGAUGGCGACGUCAACAAGUGUGUUUCAAAUCACACCAUUCGAGAACUGUGAUGAAUGCAUAAGCAAGGUGAGAAGGGCAGUUCGUCAAAUUGGUGGUCUCAAAUUGAUUGGAAUGGACCCCGAGAAAGGUAUACUCAUCAUCUCAUCAAAGCGCCAUGAACCUGAAGCAAUCAGGGCUGCACUUGAGCCAAAUUUUCAAAAUGAAUCAAUUAUUUUGUUACCAAAUAAUCAUUCGUCUGGAGUGAAUGUGAAUCGUGAAGCUGGGAGUAGUACUGUUGAUUUUAGAGAUAUGACGGGAAUGUUGAUGACGUUACCUGAAGCUGGAAGAGUGCGAAGAGUGGAGUGCAGACAAGAUGUUUUGAGGGUCGACUACUAUGAGACGCCAUCGAUGAUCUCCAACGCUGCAGCAGCAGACGUUUCGGGUUUUGUACCAGUGCCGGUGCCACCAACGUCUACCAAGCCGUCGGCUCCACCAAUGACUACGCCUUAUAAUGGGUAUCCUGUCAAUGGGUGGCCAUAUGCUGAUCACUACACCACUCCUCAGAAAGAUGAUUAUCCAGAUUGCGCUUGCACCAUCAUGUGACCAGUGACCAGCUGAUCCUUCAGUUUUGUAAUGUCUUCUUUUAUUUUGAUUGAUCUUGGACUCAUUUUAAUUUUCUUCAAGUUUUGCUGUUUCAUUGUACCUUUGUACGUAGUUUUAGGGUACUGUGUGUGACUUGUGAGCCAUUUUGGGGAUGUUAGGCCACUUAAGUCUUAACCCCCAGGGAACCAAUAAAUCUUAUAUUUUGAUACACUA